GAGUGGAGGAGAGACAUGUCUGGCCGAGGCAAAGGAGGCAAAGGUCUGGGGAAAGGCGGCGCUAAGCGUCACCGCAAAGUGCUCCGUGAUAACAUCCAGGGCAUCACCAAACCAGCCAUCCGCCGCCUGGCGCGGCGUGGCGGAGUCAAGCGCAUCUCCGGCCUGAUCUACGAGGAGACCCGCGGGGUGCUGAAGGUUUUCCUGGAGAAUGUGAUCAGGGAUGCGGUCACCUACACGGAGCACGCCAAGCGCAAGACCGUCACCGCCAUGGAUGUGGUGUACGCUCUGAAACGCCAGGGCCGCACUCUGUACGGAUUCGGCGGCUGAACAUCUCCUCAACGUCAAGACACAAAGAACAAAGGCUCUUAUAAGAGCCGCCCAAGUGCUCAUAUCAAAGGCUGUAACUUCCAAACGAAACUCGUCUGGCGUCAGGCGUUUGUCCUUCACUAUAUAUAAUGUGGUCGCUCCAGCGGGAGCCCGAAUAAGAUUGUCCACAGACAAACCACAGCUUAGUGUUUCUGUAUCCAACUUGUCAUGACUUCUGUUACUAUGAAUCUCACACGGACAGCCUCCAUGUUCCCGAAGGUUAUGUUGCUAAGGAGCUGGAGAAUUGGAAACCUUGAGCCACGUAGAAUGAAUAGAAUAGUACGGCACAGAAGGAGGCCAUUCGGCCCAUUGUGUCUGC